CAACAAUGUCUGCAGGAGAGCUGCAUACGCAUGCACGCGGUUGCUCCAGCCAUUGGUCCUCAAGACCAAAGGCAUGACAACAGGGUGAUGGGAAACCUGGUUCAUAUCUGGCGCUUUUUCCUCAUAAGGAGACAUGAUGUCAGGAUAUGCCUAACUGGAGGUGAACCACUUACAGUCCCCUCAUAAGUCUCUUCUUAAACAUUCCAGAGGUAGCUAGGCCCUCCACUUCCUCCCUGCCUGCCCUGUCCAACCCUUGGAAGUUCAAACCAAGGAUCAUCCUGUUGCCAUAGGCAGAUGCAUAAGAGAUACAGCAAGUUGCUCCUGACAUCACAAUGGACCUCAGCGGACUUCUCGUCUGAUUCUGCCACAAAUCUCAACAUAACCACAUUACUUAGGUCACAGUAAGAUUCCACCCAUUAGUAAUUUCUUACCAAUGUUGAUGUUGGAAUGCCUUUUCAUUGUGUGUCUUUGUAUCACAGGCCAGAAUCUUCCAGACCUGAAGGUGUAAAGUGAACUUAGUGAGGCCUGUUUUUAUUCUAAGGGAUUGCGUUCAUGAAUUUUGUUUUCUAGAAUUGGAAGAAAUUUGUCAAAAUGAUUUUGAUAUUCAUAAUUACUUCCAUACUUUGCACCAAUAGUUAUACUUUUGAACGCCAAGACAACUGCAAAACUCGGUGGUUUGACCGUGACGACCCAUCGGGUAAUGGUGAUUAUGAAGAUCUUGUCAAUCUCAGAAAAGCAUAUCCUGAUCAGAUUUGCAAUAACCCAACUGCUUGUGAAGUGGAGACAACAUCAGGAAUUUCACAAUCAACCUCCGGGGACAACAUUACUGAAUGCAGUGUUACUGCUGGAUCUGUUUGUGCGAAUAAAGACCAACAAGAUGGCAAGUGCGAAGAUUACAAAAUACGAUUUACCUGCCCUGAGUCUUUUUGCAGCUGCAAAACUCGGUGGUUUGAUCGCGAUGACCCAUCAGGGAAAAGUGAUUCUGAGGACCUUGUGAGUCUUCAAAAAGAAUAUCCUGAGCAGAUCUGCAGUAACCCCAUUGCCUGCGAAGUGGAGACAAUAUCAGGAGUUUCAGUUGGAAGCUCUGGAGAUAAUAUCUCUGAGUGCAGCAUAUUCACUGGCUUUACUUGUGUGAAUGCAGACCAAGAAGAUGGAAACUGUGAAGAUUACAAAAUACGAUUUAUCUGCCCCGAAUCUUUUUGCAACUGCAAAACACAGUGGUUUGACCGCGAUAACCCAUCAGUAACUGGCGAUUAUGAAAAUCUUGAGAAUCUGCGAAAAGAAUAUCCCAAUCAGAUUUGCAGUAGCCCGACUGCCUGCGAAGUGGAGACAACGUCAGGAGUUCCAGCUUCAACCACUGGCGAUAACAUCCCUGAGUGCAGCAUUUCAACUGGAUUUGCUUGUGUGAAUGCAGAGCAAGAAGAUGGGAGUUGUGAAGAUUACAGGAUACGAUUUACCUGCCCAGCAUCUUUUUGCAACUGCAAAACCCAGUGGUUUGACCGUGAUAACCCAUUGGGCAAGGGUGAUUUUGAAGAUCUUGCCAAUCUGCGAAAAGAAUUUCCUGAGCAAAUCUGCAGUAACCCAAUAGCCUGUGAAGUGGAGACGGUAUCAGGGGUUCCAGCGUCAAACACUGGAGACAACAUUCCUGAAUGCAACAUUUCAAUAGGAUUUGCCUGUGUGAAUGCAGAGCAGGAAGAUGGGAGCUGUGAAGAUUACAGAAUAAGAUUUACCUGCCCUGAGUCUUUUUGCAACUGCAAAACCCGUUGGUUUGACUGCAAUAACCCAUCACGAGAUGGCGAUUGUGAAGAUCUUGUGAAUCUCCGAAAACUGUAUCCUGGACAGAUCUGCAGAAAUCCAAUUGCCUGUGCAGUGGAGACAGCAUCAAGAAUUCCAGCCUCAAGCACUAGAGACAACAUCCCUCAGUGCAGCACAUCUACAGGAUUUACCUGUGUGAAUGCUGAACAAAAUGAUGGAAGCUGUGAAGACUAUAGAAUACAAUUUACCUGCCCUCCAUCUUUUUGCAGCUGCAAAACCCAGUGGUUUGAUCGAGAUAACCCAUCGGGCACAGGCGAUUCUGAAGAUCUUGUGAGUCUACGAAAAGAAUUUCCUAAUCAGAUCUGCAGUAACCUGAUUGCCUGUGAAGUGGAGACAAUAGCAGGAGUUCCUGUGUCAGGCACUGGAGACAAUAUCCCUGAAUGCAGCAUUUCUACUGGCUUCACUUGUGUAAAUGCAGAGCAAGAAGAUGGGAGCUGUGAGGAUUACAGAAUACGAUUUAUUUGCUCUGAAUCUUUUUGUAACUGCAAAACCCGGUGGUUUGAUCGUGAUGAUCCAUCAGGCAAUGGAGAUUUUGAAGAUUUUGUGAAUCUGCAAAAAGAAUAUCCUGAUCAGAUCUGCAGUAAGCCAACUGCCUGUGAGGUGGAGACAACAUCAGGAAUUUCAAUCUUGAGCACUGGAGACAACGUUGCUGAUUGCAGCAUUUCCAAUGGGUUUUCUUGUAUCAAUAAAGAGCAAGAAGAUGGGAGCUGUGAAGAUUACAAAAUUCGAUUUACCUGCCCCGAAUCUUUUUGCAACUGCAAAACUGAGUGGUUUGAUCGCGAUGACCCAUCAGGAAAUGGGGACUAUGAAGAUCUUGUGAAUCUGCGGAAAGAAAAUCCUGAUCAGAUCUGCAGUAACCCAAUUGCUUGUGAAGUGGAGACAGCAACAGGGGCCCCAGCCUCAAACUCUGGAGACAUUAUUCCUGAAUGUAGCAUUACAGCUGGAUUCACUUGUGUGAAUAAAGAUCAACCUGAUGGCAGCUGUGAAGAUUACAGAAUACGGUUUACCUGUGCUGAUUCUUUCUGCAAUUGCAAAACCCAGUGGUUUGACCGUGAUAACCCAUCGGGCAAAGGCGAUUAUGAAGAUCUUGUGAAUCUCCGAAAGCAAUAUUCUGACCAGAUCUGCAGUAAUCCAAGUGCCUGUGAAGUGGAAACAGUAUCAGGAGUUCCAGCCUCAGAAACUGGAGACAACAUCCCUGAGUGCAGUAUUUUUACUGGAUUCACCUGUGUAAAUGAAGAACAAGAAGAUGGGAGCUGUGAAGAUUACAAAGUACGAUUUAUCUGUCCUGAAUCUUUUUGCAACUGCAAAACCCAAUGGUUUGAUCAUGACAAUCCAUCAGGAAAUGGGGACUAUGAAGAUCUUGUGAAUCUGCGAAAAGAAAAUCCUGAUCAGAUCUGCAGUAACCCAACUGCAUGUGAAGUGGAGACAGUAUCAGGAGUUCCAGCCUCAGAAACCGGAGACAACAUCCCUGAGUGCAGCAUUUCUUCUGGAUUUGCCUGUGUGAAUGCAAAGCAAGAUGAUGGCAGCUGUGAAGAUUACAGGAUAAGAUUCAUCUGCCCUGAAGCAUUUUGCAACAGUAACUGCAAGACCCAGUGGUUUGAUCGGGAUAAUCCAACAGGCAAAGGGGAUUACGAAGAUCUCGUAAAUCUCCGAAAAGAACAUCCUGGUGAGAUCUGCAGGAACCCGAUUGCAUGUGAAGUGGAGACAACAUCAGGUGUUCUAGCCUCAAGCACUGGAGAUAACAUCCCUGAAUGCAGCAUUUCGACUGGAUUUGUUUGUGUGAACAAGGACCAAGCGGAUGGGAGCUGUGAAGAUUACAGAAUACGGUUUACCUGCCCUGAAUCUUUUUGCAACUGCAAAACCCGCUGGUUUGAUAGAGAUGACCCAUCAGGCAAUGGCGAUUAUGAAAAUCUCGUUAAUCUCCGAAAACAAUUUCCUGGUCAGAUCUGCAGAAAUCCGAUUGCCUGUGAAGUGGAAACAACAUCAGGAGUUCCAGCUUCAAACACAGGAGACAACAUCCCCGAGUGCACCGUAUCUGAUGGCUUUGCUUGUGUUAAUCAAGAACAAGAAGAUGGGAGCUGUGAAGAUUACAGGAUACGAUUUACCUGUCGUGAAUCUUUUUGUAGUUGCAAAACUCAGUGGUUUGACCGUGAUGAUCCAUCAGGAAAAGGCGAUUUUGAAGAUCUUGCAAAUCUCAAGAAAGAAUAUCCUGAACAAAUCUGCAGUGUUCCGACUGCCUGUGAGGUGGAGACAACAUCGGGAAUCCCAGCCUCCAGCACUGGAAACAAUAUCCCCCUAUGCAGCAUUGAAUCUGGAUUUACUUGUGUGAAUAAAGACCAGGAUGAUGGGAGCUGUGAAGAUUACAGAAUACGUUUUAACUGCCCUGAGAUUUUUUGUAGUUGUGUGACCCAGUGGUUUGAUCAUGAUGACCCAUCAGGGAGAGGAGAUUUUGAAGUUCUCCGGAAUCUCCAGAAAGAGUAUCCUGAUCAGAUCUGCAGUACGCCAACAGCCUGUGAAGUGGAGACAAUAUCAGGAAUCCCAGCAUCAAGCUCUGAAGACAACAUUCAACAGUGUAGCAUUUCAACUGGAUUUACCUGUAUCAAUGCAGAACAAAGAAAUGGCAGCUGUGAAGAUUACAGAGUGCGAUUUACCUGCCCUGAAUCUUUUUGCAGCUGCAAAACCCAGUGGUUUGAUCGAGAUGACCCUUCUGGAAAUGGGGAUUAUGAAGAUCUCGUGAAUCUUCGAAAAGAAAAUGCUGGUAAAAUCUGCAGUAAUCCGACUGCCUGCGAAGUAGAGACAACAGACGGGGUUCCUGCCUCACGUACUGGAGACAUUGUUUCUGAGUGCAGCAUUUCAACUGGAUUUACCUGUGUGAAUGCAGAGCAAAAAGACCGGAGCUGUCAAGAUUACAGAAUACGAUUUACCUGUCCUCGCUCUUUUUGCAAUAAGAAAACUCAAUGGUUUGAUCGCGAUGACCCAAAAGGAAUUGGGGAUUUUGAAGAUCUGGAGAACCUUCGGAAGGAAUAUCCUGGUCAGAUCUGCAGUAGCCCAAUUGCCUGUGAAGUACAGACAGUCUCAAACCAGUCAGCCGCAAGCACUGGGGAUAUUAUUCCUGAGUGCAGUACAUUGACUGGGUUUAUUUGCCUGAAUAAAGAACAAAGCUUUAAGCUCUGUGAAGAUUACAAAAUACGAUUUACCUGCCCUUAAUCUUUUUGAACAAGUGAGCAAGAAAGCAGUCCCAGGAUCUGGAGCUAGUCAGGCCUGCUUCAGGCUUGAUAUUUGACAAGUGCUGUACAUAAAACAUUAGUCUAAUGGAUUUGGCUACAAAAAAUAAGCAGUUACUAAGAGAAUAUCACAUUAUAUAGACUUGCAGUUACUGGCUAAUCACGUUGAAUUGUACUACCUGUAUAAUUGUAUAGAAUUUGAAAUUUCAGUAAAAUAUAUAUCAUUUUGAGAAAUGUUGGAAAUUGGUAACUAUUAGAGAGCAGAACUCUUGGAACUUUAGGCAUUUAGUUAUUGGUUGCAAACUCAAUAAAAUAUGAAUAAAGUUUUGUUUUCUCA